CCCAGCCUGCCCUGGUCUCAAAGUUUCAUGCCAUCACUAAUAGUUCUGUUCUUGGUUUUGCAGCCGGAACCCAAGCCUGGAGACCUGAUUGAGAUUUUCCGCCCUAUAUACAGUCACUGGGCCAUCUAUGUUGGUGAUGGAUAUGUGAUCCACCUGGCUCCCCCAAGUGAAAUCCCAGGAGCUGGGGCAGCCAGCAUCAUGUCUGCUUUGACGGACAAGGCCAUAGUGAAGAAAGAGCUGCUGCGUGAUGUGGCUGGGAAGGACAAGUACCAGGUCAACAACAAGCACGACAAGGAGUACACCCCGCUGCCUCUGAACAAGAUCAUCCAGCGGGCCGAGGAGCUGGUGGGGCAGGAGGUGCUGUACAGGCUGACCAGUGAGAACUGUGAGCACUUCGUGAACGAACUGCGUUAUGGAGUCCCUCGGAGUGACCAGGUCAGAGAUGCCGUCAAGGUGGCGACUGUCACUGGAGUGGGCUUGGCGGCCUUGGGCCUCAUUGGAGUCAUGCUCUCAAGAAACAAGAAACAGAAGCAGUGAGCUGAAUGACUAUCCAGCUUUAGGGCUCUUCUUUUGCUAGAGGGUUAGAGUUUGAUUUAUAGAUUCUACUGCUUUAUAAUUAGGUUUAUUUUCACAAUAUGCAAUAAACUACAAGAAGGGAAUUUUCAUGGAG